UCUUCGAUAUUUACGGAUCAAUCGCGACGACCCAGAAGCAAGCAACUAUUAAAUGAGUACGCGAACAGGCACCGGGAUUCGGGUCCAAACCCAUGUCAGAAAAGAAUUGGCUGAUGAGAAUGUUGUUGAAGUGGAAACUGGUGAUUUCCCAGAAGAGAAAGAUUGGUACUUGGUUGGUGGCUCUCUUAUUACCGCUUCAUCAACUACUAAAGGAAGGAAAUUGGUGGACAAUGAAAUAGUCCAUUUUGGUUUCUCUAGUUUUGGCUCCAAGUAUCAUAGACAGGGCAUUAUUCGAUUCUCUACUAAAAGAUUUGGAGAGAUUGGUAGGCUUCCGAUGGAGUGGGGAAAAAGUGCUGUUCCACUUGUGAAUUCUGGCAGGGUUAGAGUUAGUGGACGAUGUGUAGCUGCACCAGAGAACCUUCAAAUGUUGCAGGAUGUUGUGUUGUAUGUGAGUUUCUAUGUUCACCAAUCGAUAUUCACUGAGUUGUGUAUUUCAACAUGGAGGAUAGAUGCUCCUCCAAACAUUGAUCCUACAGCUCACCCCCUUGCUACGUUGUUCAAGCUACUGGACAUGAAACCAUAUCAGAAGGCUGAAUUUAGUCCUGCAGAACUUGACUCUCGAAAGCGACCCCUCAACUAUGAAGAUCCAGAGGAAGAUGCCCUUAUGUUGCAUGUAGUGAAAAGGGGAUCAGGAUGCCAGCAAGAUCAAGAGAAGGAUGAACAAGCUUUCUCUGAGUCAUCUUUGAAUAAACUUGUUGGUGCUGUAGAUACAUAUGACUUGGAGGAGAUGGAGCCUCCAUGGACCCUAACCUGUAAUUUGAAACCGUAUCAGAAACAAGCUCUCUAUUGGAUGGCUGAAUCAGAGAAGGGAAAUAAAGCUGAGAAAGCAGCAGAAACUCUUAAUCCAUGUUGGGCAGCUUAUCGCAUAUCGGACAGGAGGGCUUCAUCGCCAAGCAUUUAUUUAAACAUAUUUUCUGGGGAAGCCACUACUCAAUUUCCAACUGCAUCACAGAUGACUAAAGGGGGAAUACUAGCUGAUGCAAUGGGACUUGGAAAGACAGUGAUGACAAUUGCUCUUAUACUAGCAAGACCAGGCAAAGGAAGCUCUGACUGCAAAGAAAGAGUAAACAGAAUAGAAGAUCCCCGCGCAAAAACCAUGCCUAAAGCAAUGGGUGGCACUCUUAUUAUCUGCCCCAUGGCUUUGCUAGGCCAGUGGAAGGAUGAGCUUGAAACCCAUUCAGAGCCAGGAAGCAUUUCCAUUUUUGUUCACUAUGGCGGGUACAAAACAAAUAACCCCAGGAUUUUAUCUGGAUAUGAUGUGGUCUUGACAACAUAUGGUGUCCUAACUGAAGCUUACAAGCAUGAUAUGGAGAAUAGCAUUUUUAAUAGGGUUGAGUGGCAUAGGGUGGUGCUAGAUGAAGCUCAUACCAUCAAGUCCUGGAAGACCUUAGCCGCAAAGGCUACAUUUUCAUUGUCGUCAUAUUGCAAAUGGUGUCUUACUGGGACACCUAUUCAGAACACCUUGGAAGAUCUGUACAGCCUUCUGUGCUUCUUGCAUGUUGAGCCUUGGUGCAACUGGCCAUGGUGGAACAAAUUAAUUCAAAGACCGCAUGAAAAUGGAGACCCUAGAGCCAUGAAGUUGAUCAAGGCUAUUUUGAGGCCGCUAAUGUUGAGAAGGACCAAGGAUACAAAGGAUAAGAAGGGAAGGCCCAUACUUGUUCUCCCUCCAACUGACAUUCAAAUAAUCAAGUGUGAACAAUCGGAAGCUGAACGUGAUUUUUAUGAUGCCCUUUUUAGAAGAUCAAAAGUCCAGUUUGAAGAGUUUGUUGCUCAGGGCAAGGUUCUGCACAACUAUGCAUCUGUCCUUGAGCUGCUACUACGACUGAGGCAGUGUUGCAACCACCCAUUUCUUGUUAUGAGUCGAGCUGAUAUCCAACGAUAUGAGGAAUUGAACAAGUAUGCAAGAAGGUUUGUGGAAACAAAUUCUAAUUCUUCCACUCCAAGGCAGUCAGCUGCCACUGAAGCAUGCAUUGAAGAGGUUGUUGAGGGCAUCCGGAGGGGUGAAAAUACCGAGUGUCCCAUAUGCAUGGAGUCUGCAGAUGACCCCGUGCUUACACCAUGUGUACAUAGGAUGUGCAGGGAAUGUCUCAUCUCUUACUGGCAAACACCAAUAUCAGGGAUAUGCCCAAUCUGUCGAACUUCACUGAAUGCAAAUGACCUGAUAGCAUGCCCAACAGAGGGUAAGUUCCAGGUUGAUGUUGAGAAUGACUGGAAGGAGUCUUCAAAGGUUUCCAAGCUUCUGGAAUGCUUGGAACAUAUCCAUAGGUCAGGCUUUGGUGAAAAGAGCAUUGUUUUUAGCCAGUGGACUUCAUUUUUGGAUCUUUUAGAGAUCCCACUGAAAAGGAGAGGAAUUGGGUUCUUAAGGUUUGAUGGAAAACUUGCACAGAAGCAGAGAGAGAGGACUUUGAAGGAGUUCAAUGAAACCAGGGAAAAAAUGGUAUUAUUGAUGUCUUUAAAAGCCGGCGGCGUAGGCCUGAAUCUUACUGCAGCCUCAACUGUUUUCUUAAUGGAUCCAUGGUGGAAUCCUGCAGUCGAGGAGCAAGCAAUAAUGAGAAUCCAUCGGAUAGGACAGAAGCGAACAGUUUUUGUUAGAAGAUUCAUUGUUGAGAGCACAGUUGAGGAACGCCUGCAGCAAGUUCAGGCAAAGAAGCAGAGAAUGAUUGCUGGUGCUCUCACCGACGAGGAGGUCAGGUCCGCUAGGAUUGAGGAACUCAAAAUGCUCUUUAGAUAAAUUACAGCUUCUACGUUGUCAUCAUUAAUUUAAAGCCAUUCUGCAUCAGAAUAUGUUGAAAACAUAUGCACUUAGGGUGUCUUCAUGUAUAGAGUCCUGUGAGGGCCCGUUUUUGUAAAUUAUGGCGUUUAUGAUCUAUCCAUCAUUUCAUAACCUCUCUCUACACCCAGGAACGCAUGCAUAAUUGUGUUCUUCAAUCUCAGAACGUUUUGCCAGCCUACAAAUAUAUAUAUAUAUACAAGCUCAUGCAGUAUUGUACUGGUG